AAAAUGGGCGAGAGUAGUGUAUAGGAAUGAAAAUUGACAAGCUGAAGUCAAAUGCAGAAUAUAGAUGAUUUUUGGGAUGAAUUUAAGUAUGUGUGUGCAACACCUAUUUUAAUUUCUCGUUGGUCAUCAUCGAUCCAAUAGGCAAUAGCAUAGCAGCAUGAAGAAUAACCAGCAAGAACGGUCCCUUGCUGCAGCCAGACUCUUGAGUCAUGCUCAAUCACACAUGUUCAGUUUCUUCGUCUCUCAUGUUCUAGUAUUUGCCUCUGGUUUGCUCAUUGGAAUCACCCUCACCACUUUCUCUUUCAAAAACUUGUCCCUCAACUUCCUUCCAUCUUUGUCUACUCCAAUUCCCAUCUCAACGUUAAAUAAUCAGACACAAGUCACCAAGGCUAUGCAUGACAUGACAGAGGAAGAGUUGCUGUGGAGAGCUUCUAUGGUUCCUACGAUUAAGGAAAUGCCUUACAAACACACCCCAAAGGUUGCAUUCAUGUUUUUGACAAAAGGGCCUGUCCUUUUGGGUCCACUGUGGGAGAGAUUCUUCAAAGGAAAUGAAGGCUUCUAUUCCAUCUAUGUCCAUUCCCAUCCUUCUUUCAAUGACACAGUGCCUCAAAGUUCUGUAUUUCAUCGCCGCAGAAUACCAAGCAAGGAGGUAAGAUGGGGUGACUUCAACAUUGUAGGGGCAGAGAGACGUCUACUAGCAAAUGCACUGCUUGACUUCUCCAACCAACGUUUUGUUCUUCUCUCAGAAUCAUGCAUUCCUUUGUUCAACUUCUCAACGAUCUAUAACUACCUUAUGAACUCAACUGAGAACUUUGUGGAAGCCUAUGAUAUGCCCGGUGCAGUGGGGAGAGGCAGGUACAGUCCCAGAAUGAGGCCACUAGUUAACCUUUCUCAGUGGAGAAAAGGGUCGCAAUGGUUUCAAAUAGACCGUGCCCUUGCCAUUGAGAUAGUUUCUGACCAACAAUACUUCCCUGUUUUCAAGAAGUAUUGCAGGAAUGGAUGUUAUGGUGAUGAGCAUUACUUGCCAACGUUUGUUAGUAUCAUGUUUUGGAAGAGGAACUCCAACAGAACAUUGACAUGGGUUGAUUGGUCAAGGGGUGGACCCCAUCCUGCCAGGUUUAUGAGACAAGAUGUAACUAUUGAUUUCUUGAAGAGGCUAAGGCAUGGGAGAACAUGCCAAUACAAUGGCAAGAGCACCAAUAUUUGCCACUUGUUUGCAAGAAAAUUCAAUCCGCAGGGUUUAGAUAGACUGCUGAGGUUUGCUCCACGGAUAAUGCAAUUUAAUUGAUUUGUACGUGUUUGUUAAUGCCUUUUCUUUUUAUUGUAAUCAUUUUAUACAGAUAUCAGAGUUUAAAUAGAGUACUAGUAGUGAAUUAUUUAAUCAUAAAUAUUCAUUGUAUACUAUAAACAAUAGUAGUACAUUUUAUAACAAGUUUCUUAUGAAAAUAAUAUAUAAAUAUAAUUAUAUAGCAAGU